GUCAAAUCGAUGGGGAGGAAUGCACCUUUACACCAAGUGAGGUUAAGGUAGACAGUGGUUUGUUAUGAUGCGUGAAGCAGGAGGAGAUAGCUUUCUACAUACCGAAGAAUGUUCCCAAAAGGUCACCGACACGGCGGAACUGCUCCGGCGGCCGGUCGAGAUAUACGUCGAGGAGGAACGCGAGUCCGAGUGUGAAGACGAGGAGGCGGAGGCAGUGGUCGGCUGUGACCCGCUGUACGUGAAGCAGGAGCCGGAGUACUCGCUUCCGGAAGAUGUGGCCAGUUUCCCCGGUUCGUCAAAUGUAAAGGAGGAAGAGGAGCACGGAGACGCAGAGGAUGGAGAAUUUGCAGAAGCAGCCUCCAGGAAUUCACGGUCAUCCCACGACGGUGCCGGCGAGACGGCGGCGGACUCGGAGUACUUCUACUGCGACACGUGCUCGCAAGUCUUCACCUCCAAGUCGGACAUCGCGGACCACGUGCGCACGCACGCGGCCGGCCACGUGUGCGGGCUGUGCGGCGAGGUGUUCGCCGCGGUGUCCCGGCUGCGGCGCCACCGCCCCCACUGCCCCGAGCGGCAGCUCGCGCUGGCGGCCGGCCGCCUCCGGGCCCCGAGGACGGCGAGGGGCGGCGCCGCCGGCGGCGGCGGCAGGCGGGGGGCGGCGAAGGGGGGCGGCGGCGACGGGGCCCGGCGCUUCGCCUGCGACGUGUGCGGCGCGGCGUUCGCCUACCGCAGCUCGCUGGGCGUGCACCGGCGCCGCCACUCGGACGAGCGGCCGUUCGCGUGCGGCGUGUGCGGCGGCGCGUUCAAGCGCUCGGACCAGCUGCGCACGCACGCGCGCGUCCACACGGGCCACCGGCCGCACGCGUGCGGCGUGUGCGGGCGCGCGUUCGCGCUGGCCGGCAACCUGGCGGUGCACGCGCGCCUGCACACGGGCGAGCGGCCGUACGCGUGCGGCGCCUGCGGCAAGACGUUCCGGCAGGCCGCCUGCCUCAAGCGGCACGCGCGCCUCCACACGGGGGAGCGGCCGUACGCGUGCGGCGUGUGCGGCCGGCGCUUCACGCAGGGCGGCAGCCUCAAGGCGCACGCGCUGCUGCACUCGGGCGAGAAGCCGUUCCGCUGCGGCGUCUGCGGCCGCGCCUUCCGCCGCUCGUGCCACCUGCGCGACCACUCCAGGCUCCACGCCGCCGAGGCGCUCCAGCAGCAGCAGCAGCAGCCGCCGCCGGCCGCCGGAGAGGAGGGAGCGCAAAACAUUUGCUUCGAGAAAUUUAAGGGCCCAAAUCUGGACACAGACUGGAACCACCGUGCUGCCGAACGCGGGCCCGUCGUAUCCCCCGUCACUCGGAUGGCUCGCACGGUAAUGUCACGGGGCGACAGACCCUACGUAGCGGGCACCGUCGCAUUUCGCAAACCGAGUGCCGACUUCGAGCUCCACUCGGGCCGCAGCUUCCGCCGCUACCUGCUGCCCUCGCCCUGA